AUGAUUGGUCCAAUUGCUGAUGCUGAACGUCUUUAUGAACAAAGUUUUCAGGAUAUAAUUAGUUUAACAUUUCCCCUGUAUUAUAUACGAAUACCAGCAGUAACUCAAGUACGAUCGAAUGUUCUACUUGAAUUCUAUGAAAAAUAUAAAUAUCUUGGAAAUGCAUCCAUGCUGGAAGAUUACAUGGAAUACGGGUUAUCGUUGAUGAAUUACGAUGUCGACUUGGUACCAGCUUUGAAACUGGAAUUUUGGCCAGAUGAUAUGAAAAUAUUUCUGAAUAGAAUUCAAAAUUCUCGACCUAAACUAUAUGAAAUCAUUCUUGAACAAGCAUCCAUGCAUCUCAUACCGAAAUGGUCUAGCAAAACUCAGGAAGUCGAUCAAGAACUCGAAUUUCGAUAUUCAUUUUCAGCAAUUGAACGUCUAUUGGCUAAGAAUCGUACACGAGUAGAACAAAUUCUAAAUGGUGUUGCACGAAGUAUUUAUCAUCGAUGUUUGAAGAAAGAACCUUGUCUCGAAGAUCAUACGAAAACCAUUGUACCAUCCUAUUUUACCAAAACAACAGUAUUAUGGAUGUGUGAAUUGUACAAUUUGAAUGAUCUUUGUUCUGAGACAGACGAUGAUCAAACCAUUGCUAAUAUCAUGGCAACAGAAUGGUUGAGCUAUGUCAGAGAAAAAUUAUGUUCGGGUUAUUGUCCACAUUAUUUUAUCGAUUCUUUCAAUCUCUUAGAAACAUGUUCGUUGGCAUCGUUAACUCGAGCAGCAUCUAUUCUAGAACAUGAAGUUCGUUUGUAUGAGGACGUUAAAAUCAAUGUUUUAAUUAAACAGGACGAAUUGAUGGAUAAACAACAACAAACAACAGAGAAUUGGCUACAAAAUAUGAAAGUGAAAGAUAUUUUAGCUGCAGUGAAUGAUUAUCGGCUGAUGAGAGAAAAUUGGCUCUGUCCACCAGAAAAAAACCAAGAUGAAGGUGAUGUGUCCGAUUGUUUUUAUACUUUGAAUCAAUUACGAGCAUUAGACGGUGAUAAGCAACAGAACUGGAACACAUAUCAACGUUUAUUUUUGACAGUUGAUCAAUCAACUUGGUUACCACCCAUAUGGGACGAACAAGUAGCUGAAUGUUCUGUAUGUGAUUUCGUUGAUGGUCUUAUCGCAUUAGGUUUAUUCAUGAAACAGAUCCUAGAGGGCAUGAAAAAAUCAGACAUUGAACAAACAAUGGCUAGAAAUAGCCGUGAAAUGGAAUUCUUUUCCACACAGAAUCUUGUCAAUGAUCUGAUUCAACCAGGCAAUAUCGUUCAAAAUGGUUUAAUGACAUCGUGGUUACCUAUGUUCACUUGUUCCUAUUUCAAUCAAUCGUUAACAAAUGUACCAUCGAUUCGACAACGUUCAAUCAUUGCUAAUCAUCCUACUGGGCCGCUUCAAGACCUUCUACAAGGUCGAACAUGUCCGACACCUUUAGAUCCCCAAUCACGACAAACAUAUCAACAAUAUGCUCAAAAUGCCUCAUAUAGAUUUCUGGAUCUUCUGAGUGAUGCUCCUAAUAUCGAUAUGACGUUGGGAGAUUUAUUGAAAUAUUACGAUCGGCCAUCGAGAACAAACGAGCCUGUCAUAACAUCAUCCAUCGAAGAACAAAUUCUUUUACAUGCAACAAAUUCUUCCUCAGUGAAUAAAGAAAGUCAACAACAAACAGGCUUAUUUCAUCGAACCACAAAAUGGCAACAAAUUAAUUUUUGGUUAAAAAAUCUUGCAUCAAUGAUUGAAAAACCCGCUGAAAAUUAUGCCUAUUGGGACCAAAAACAUCACAGUAUUGUUGAUGGAAAUCAAUCAAUUUCUUCAACAAUUCAUCCAUCAAUGACAACAACUUUUGAUGAAAUCAAAUGGAAUGAUACUAUCGAAGUGACAUUUUCACUUGAUAACAACAAUCAAACUCGACUAUCAGAUUCAAUACUUGUUGAAGUUGACGAUCAAGAAAAUAUAAUAUCUCAACAAUUUACUAUCUUUGCGACAAUGGCCAAUGUUUAUCAACAAAAUAAAAUAAAUACUGAACAACAAUCUCUUCUCUAUUUUAAUGACGUUAUUCCAUCAUUAGAUACACAACUGAUAUCUUUUCCAUUAAAAUCAACUAUUGAAUUUACAUUGAUAGACGCCAAAUUACCGAUAACAGCUACUAUUGUCAAUGUUGAAGAUCAAUGUUCAAUCAAAUUUCAAUGUUCAUAUUUUAUCAUAAUUAAACAUCUAUGUCAAAUUGCAUGUCAAUUAUUCGUGGUGAACAGUGAUUACUAUCGAUUGUUGUUUCAGAAUAAUGUACUUGAUGGUGACGACAUGUCACUUGAUGCUAUCGACUGUUCGAUGAUUGAAAUGGAUUUGCAUCUGAUUUGUACAGCAACUUUAAAAUGUUCUAUUAAAUAUUGUGACCAAACACUCAUGUUGCCUUCUAGUGAAAAUACAUUGGUCUCGACGAUUCUUGAAGAAACAUUUCAUAAGUUCAGUAUUCCACAGGCAGAUCUUCAUUUAUAUGAACUAAUUGUUAUGGAUAAUUAUCGAACGAAAACUGAACUGAACAAUUCAAUCGAAGAAAUUAUUAGAUUAUUACCUGAUGGAACUACUUUGAUACAAUUUGAGUUACAAAGAGUCCGAAUAUAA